AUGGAUAAGGAAUAUUUGCAUACCUUAGAAGAAUAUUUUCUUAGCGUUAAGAAUAAGGGAUAUGUCGAGCAAUAUUUGAUUAACCCUAAAUUAAGCAGAUGGGAUUUUAUAAUUUUUUUUGUUUUUUUUGUAUUGAUAACGUUGUUACGAUUGGUGGUUUCAGGUGUACAAAAGGAGGUAAUAAGAAGGAAUAGUAUAUUACAUGGAUUAUCAAGAAAUUCUUUAUUAGAUAGAGUUAAUAGAAAAUAUGAUAUAUCUAAAAGUGGUUCUUUAUAUAAAUGGAAAGAGAAUUUUUGGUUUGCUUUAUGGCAUAGUUUUUCUUUUACAUAUAACUUUAUUUUAUUAUUUCUUAUGUCUGGGUAUUUAAAUAAUAAGAAUGGAUGGAUAAAAAUGUGUUUCAAAGAGCGUACAGGAAAAUGGUUUUUCUUAGUUACAGAAGAAGAAUAUAAAGAAAAUAAAAGAGGAUGGCCUUUUAUGUAUAUAAAUAAUUCUGUAUAUUAUUUUUAUAUAUUACAAAUAUCUUACUGGUUUUCAUGUCUGUUUUAUUUAAAUUAUGAAAUAAGAAGAAAAGAUUAUUAUGUAUUUGUAUUACAUCAUUUAUCUACAAUUAUCUUAUUAACAUACUCACAUGUAUUAAAUUUUUGGAGAGUAGGAUUAUUAAUAUUAUUUGUUCAUGAUAUUGUUGAUAUCGUUCUGUACCUUUCGAAAUUAUUAAAUUACACCAACUUAAAAAACAGGAUUUUUCUUACCUUUUUUUAUAUACUUUUCGUUUUAUAUUAUUUCUUCUUUCGAAUAUUCUUAUAUUUUUAUUAUAUAGUUUUACCUUUAAGUAAUACAAAAAUUAUAAGGUCUUAUACGGACGGUUUUAUAUCAUCCCACAAGGACGUCCCUGGGGGGUUGGUCCUUCUUAUAUUCUUGUGGACCCUCAUGGCUAUGCAUGUGUAUUGGUUUUUCCUUAUUUUAAAAAUGAGUCGCCUCUUUAUAAUCAAGACAAUGAAAAAUGAAAAAAUUACGGACAUUCGAAGUGAUAAUGAGGAUGAUAGUACAUCUACAAUGGAAAGUAUAAAAAAGGAAGAUUAG